UACUACAACAAAGUGGACUUGGACAUCACCAACAAAGAAUGGGCCAAAAACCUCAGCUUCACAGAAUGUAACCUUUGGUUCUUCCCUUACUGUAAUAACAAGCACUACAUCAUGAUUUGUGUCAACAUCAAAGCAGAGAGAUUUGAAGUGCUCGACAGUCUCCGUCACAAAGAUUUUGAAAAAACAUACAAAUCAAUGGCAGAGAGGGUUGUCCAGUACGCAAUCAACUACAUGAAGACACAGUUUGCAGACAAGACAGUAAGGUGGGAGAGGUUUAGCUGGUUCAAGCUCGAGAAGGUUACACAACCAGAUCAAAUUUCAUGUGGGAUGUACGUCAUCAGGUGGAUGAGACACUGGGAAGGUAAGUACAACAGUGCCAUGACCAAAGAUUGGAAGAGGAUUGAUCUCAUAAUGAAGAAAGGGAGUGCCUGAUGUUGGACAUCAUUCUUGAUGAAGAAAAUCUUGAACGGGAAAGGAUCAUGAAAGAAGCAACAAAGUACUGCAACAUGAAGAACAAGAAGAAAGAGUUGAAAGGAAGGAAAUGAAAAUUCUAUUAUCAUUUGUGUUAAGUAGUAGAAGGGUAUGAGUAAGCUUUUGAGAACAAACUCACAAUGUUC